GAUGUUACAGUGUCAAAAUGGAUAGAAGAAAAAGGAGGAAAAUUGAAGGCGGAGAGAGAAAACAAUGAAAACUGCUUUCAUUGUACUAACAAAACAAAAAAAAAUAUACUUUUUUUUUUCUUCUUCUUUUUUUCCCUGUUCUCUUUCAUUUGAAAUCAAAAGCUUCAAAUGAAAAACAUUUCUGCAAAACUCCUUUUUCUCAUAUCUUCUAUCAGCUGUCCUUUUUUAAAAAUCUAUUUUCGAUUUGAUUUAAUUUCGUGAAAAUUUUAUUGAAUUUGCGGAAAUUUUCCUCUUAUUUUUUUACCCCUAGUUCAUGAUUAUUAUGAAAUGCGGUUUCAUGUUCUUAUUUAUUAGUACUCAGGGUUUUGAUCUCCAUUUAUUUCAUCCGUGGGGCAAAUCCUUUAUUGAGUUUUGAUUUUCUUUUUUUAUUGAUUAAUUUGUUUGUAUAAUCAUCAAGUUGGUUUUGAAUUCAUACUGCAUUAGAUUUUUUUUUUCGGUUGAUUGUUGUUGAAAUAGUUAAAGCUGAGAUAACUCCAAAAUUCUUGCCACUCAAAGAGAUUUUGGAUUUUGAGUGUUGAAAUAAUUAGAUUUUUUAGAAUCCCCCCUCCGCAACCUCCACAAUUGGUUAUACAAAUCAAAUUUAGUGAUGGAUCAUAUAAUUGGGGGUAAAUUCAAAAUGGGUCGGAAGAUCGGUGGUGGAUCCUUCGGCGAGCUAUUUCUUGGGGUUAAUGUACAGAAUGGAGAGGAAGUUGGUAUAAAGCUGGAACCUGCAAAGACCAAGCAUCCUCAGCUUCACUAUGAAUCUAAAAUUUAUAUGCUUCUUCAAGGAGGAACGGGAAUUCCUCAACUCAAGUGGUAUGGUGUUGAGGGCGAGUACAAUGUCAUGGUCAUUGACCUUCUAGGGCCAAGUCUUGAAGACUUGUUCAAUUAUUGCAAUAGGAAGUUUUCCUUGAAAACAGUGUUGAUGCUUGCAGAUCAGUUGAUUAACAGAGUCGAGUAUAUGCACUCAAAGGGUUUUCUUCAUCGUGAUAUAAAGCCUGACAACUUUCUUAUGGGUUUAGGACGAAAAGCCAAUCAGGUUUACGUCAUUGACUAUGGGCUUGCAAAAAAGUAUAGGGAUCUUCAAACACAUAAGCACAUACCCUACAGGGAAAAUAAAAAUCUCACCGGCACAGCUCGAUAUGCUAGUGUGAACACUCACCUUGGAGUUGAACAAAGCAGAAGAGACGACUUGGAAUCUCUUGGUUAUGUACUAAUGUAUUUCCUAAGGGGAAGCCUUCCCUGGCAGGGUCUUAAAGCAGGGACAAAGAAGCAAAAAUAUGAUAAAAUCAGUGAAAAGAAGAUGUUGACUCCUGUUGAGGUUCUCUGCAAAUCAUAUCCACCUGAAUUCAUAUCAUACUUCCACUACUGUCGAGCAAUGCGUUUUGAAGACAAGCCCGAUUAUUCCUAUUUGAAAAGGCUUUUCCGCGAUUUAUUUGUUAGAGAAGGUUAUCAGUUUGACUUUAUCUUUGACUGGACUAUAUUAAAGUAUCCUCAGAUUGGUUCCAGCUCCAGACAGCGGCAGUCUAGUGGGAAAGCUGGUACUAAACCACGGCAAUCUGUUGAACAAACAGAAAAGGCUCCAGUAGUAAAACAAGAGACUCGUGAUAGAUCUUCAGGUGCACUUGAAGCAUUCGGUAGAAGAACUGCUUCUGGUGCCAUACAGCAGGGCGACCGCUUGAAGCAUAGGACAUCAGAGGAUGCAUCAGCAUCCAAGGAUGCCCGAUCUCAUACAGAAAGAGCUCGAAAUACUCGUAAUGGCAGUGUGUCGAAGAAGGCUGUUGCUUCGAGCAGCAGGCUUUCUACUGUUGCUGGCAGUGAGAGUAGAUCAAGUUGGCUGUUCUCAAAUAAUAGUCGUCUGUCUACCACCCACAGAAUUCAUUCGAGACCCGAGUCCAAAGUCUCCCAAGCCGCUGCCACAAAAGACACUCCUGACAAUCUGCUUAGGAGCUUUGAGAAGCUCAACACUGGCAUGGAUAAGAGCAAGCGAUGAACAUUGAUGCAAUACAUUUAGUUAAAAAAUGAUGCUGCUUUAUUCAGGGCAAGUGUUCGUUUUCCACUCUGAUUCGAGUAAUCAUAAAUAAAAUUUAUAUAGCUAAAUUACGGUACACUUUGCCAUUUUACGAAAGUAAUAUUCACCGGCAUUCCCUAUGAGCUGUUCUGAUGUAGUUCUGUAAAUUGACCACGAAGAAGACACAAAUUUACCCAGAAACUGUUGCACAUUUGAGGCUUAGUCAUAUAAUGUUGCAACUAUGGGUAGAAUACUGAGUCUGCAAUCUGCUUGUAGCAUUUCUGUAGCACUCAUCAGAUUAAACUGUUCACAAUUGACUCUUUAUGAUCAUUAUCUGUGUAAAUAAGUGUACCUCAAGGGAAGCAAAAUGGCUUCAAACCUAUCAGAUUUGAAUAAGAAUUAAGAAAUGUCUUACUUAA